AUGCUCGCCCGGUUCACCUCUGUUCGCGCCGCGACCCGCGCCCUGCCCCGCGCCUCGGCUGCGCGUGUGGUUGUCGCCCGCGCCAACCUCCAGUCGCAGCGCUCGUACGCCGUCGCCGCGACCUCGGCUGGCUUCUCGGCCCUCGACUCGAUCCCUGCAAAGUGCGACAACGUCGGUGACGUCCCCUACAUCAAGGACCACACCGAGGGCGGCAAGCUGUACCCCAACGCUGCCGAGGCCGUCAAGGACAUUGAGAGCGGCUCGAUGAUCCUCUCUGCUGGUUUCGGUCUCUGCGGUACUGCCGAGACUAUCAUCACGGCUCUCCACGAGCGCCCCGAGCUCAAGGACCUCACUGUCGUGUCCAACAACGCUGGCAACGUUGGCCAGGGUGGUCUUUACCCCCUCAUUGCUUCCAAGCAGAUCUCCAAGAUGAUCCUCUCUUACGUUGGCACCAACAAGACCCUCUCGGACGCAUACAUCAACGGCGAGGUCGCCCUCGAGCUCUCGCCCCAGGGCACCAUUGCCGAGCGUCUCCGCUCGGCUGCCGCUGGCAUGCCCGGCUUCUACACCCGUACCGGUGCCGGCACGGCUGUCGAGACUGGUGGCAUCCCCAUCCAGUGGUCGCGCCCCGACGCCAACGGCAAGCAGACCGUCGCUGUCCCCGGUAACAAGAAGGAGGCCCGCGAGUUUGACGGCAAGCGCUACAUCUUUGAGCCUGCGCUCAAGGGUGACGUUGCCAUCUUCCGCGCUUGGAAGGUUGACAAGGCCGGUAACUGUGUGUUCCGCUACACGACGCGUGCGUUCGCUACCCUUGUUGCCAAGGCUGCUCGCAUCGCCAUUGUCGAGGCUGAGAACAUUGUCGAGGUUGGCGACCUCCACCCCAUGGAGAUUGACCUUCCCGGCAUCUACGUCAACCGUAUCGUUCCUUCGACCGUUGAGAAGAAGAUUGAGCUCGUCACUCUCCACACUGAGGAGGGUGCCGAGGUUGACCCCGACGCCGCUCCCAUGAACCCCAACCAGGAGGCUCGUAUCCGCAUCGCCAAGCGUGCAUCCAAGGAGCUCAAGGACGGCUUCUACUGCAACCUCGGUGUCGGUAUCCCCGUCCUCGCCGCCAACUACACCCCGCCCGGCGUCAACGUCUGGCUCCAGUCCGAGAACGGUAUCCUCGGCAUGGGCCGCUACCCUACCAAGGAGCAGCUUGACGCCGACGUCAUCAAUGCCGGCAAGGAGACUGUCACUCUGCGCCCCGGUGCCUCGGUCUUUGACUCUGCCGAGUCGUUCACCAUGAUCCGUGGUGGCCACGUCGACGUGUCCAUCCUUGGCGCCAUGGAGAUUUCGCAGAACGGUGACCUUGCCAACUUUAUGGUUCCCGGCCACCUUGUCAAGGGUAUGGGUGGCGCCAUGGACCUCGUGUCCAACCCCGAGUCGACAAAGGUCGUCUCCGUCACCAUGCACACGGACAAGAAGGGCAACCCCAAGAUUCUCGAGGAGUGCUCCCUCCCCGUCACUGGUGUUCGCGUCGUCUCGCGCAUCAUCACCGACCUUGCCGUCUUUGACGUCGACCUCGAGAAGGGCGGCCUCACCCUCGUCGAGGUUGCCGAGGGCCACACCGUCGACGAGAUCAAGCAGAAGACUGGCGCUCCCUUCAAGGUCGCCGACAACCUCGGCUCCUUCUAA